CUCCGCCGCCUCUUCCCCCGCCUCUCGGUGCCCUGCAAAAGGACAACGAAGAUGCUGCCCGCUCGCCCGGCCUGCGCUAGCUGCUUGCUCGCGGCACUACAUCUCUCAGAAGGCCGGGCCGCGGCGGAGAAACGCUUCUUUCUCCCUCUGCUGGGACCUGCAGGCAGACUGGAGCGCGGGAAGCAAAAGAGAGCGAGAGAUCAGCGGAGGCCACUGACGCUGCAAGAGAAAAUCACCUUCUAAUCUCAGCCUGUUGAGAUAUGGAAUCAAUUUCUAUGAUGGGAAGCCCUAAAUCAUUAAAUGAAACUUUCUUGCCCAAUGGUGUAAAUGGUAUCAAGGACACCAGUAAGAUCACAAUAGGCAUAAUUGGAAGUGGAGAUUUUGCGAAAUCACUGACCAUUAGGCUUAUUAGGUGUGGGUACCGUGUGGUCAUAGGAAGCAGAAAUCCUAAAUUUGCUGCUGAGUUCUUUCCACAUGUGGUCGAUGUCACUCAUCAUGAAGAUGCUGUAGCAAAAGCAAAUUUAAUUUUUGUUGCUAUACAUCGAGAACACUAUGCUGCUUUGUGGGACCUCAAACAUCUGCUUGUUGGUAAAAUCCUUGUAGAUGUCAGCAACAACAUGAGAAUCAACCAGUAUCCAGAAUCUAAUGCAGAAUACUUGGCAUCACUUUUCCCAGAUUCUUUCGUUGUCAAAGGAUUCAAUGUUAUUUCAGCCUGGGCUCUGCAGUUAGGACCAAAAGAUGCUAGCAGACAGGUCUACAUAUGCAGUAACAGUGUUCAAGCUCGCCAUCAAGUUACUGAGCUUGCCCGUCAGCUCAACUUUACUCCCCUUGACCUGGGUGCUUUAUCGUCUGCAAGGGAGAUUGAAAAUUUACCUCUUCGGUUGUUCACACUGUGGAAAGGACCAGUAGUAGUGGCUGUCAGCCUGGCCACCUUUUUCUUCAUCUAUUCAUUCAUCAGAGAUGUAAUACAUCCUUAUGUAAGGAACCAACAGAGUGAUUUCUACAAGAUUCCUAUUGAGAUUGUGAAUAAGACGUUGCCAGUUGUUGCUAUCACUUUAUUGUCUCUAGUGUUUUUAUCAGGGCUCCUGGCAGCUGCUUAUCAACUUUAUUCUGGCACUAAAUACAGACGAUUUCCACCUUGGUUAGAGAACUGGUUGCAGUGUAGAAAACAGCUUGGACUGCUUAGUUUUUUCUUUGCAACUGUACAUGUGGUUUACAGCCUAUGCUUGCCCAUGAGGAGGUCGGAACGGUACUUAUUCCUAAAUAUGGCUUACCAGCAGGUCCAUGCAAAUGUUGAAAAUUCAUGGAAUGAGGAAGAAGUCUGGCGAAUUGAAAUGUAUGUCUCCUUUGGAAUAAUGAGCCUCGGGCUGCUUUCCCUGUUGGCUGUAACUUCUAUUCCUUCAGUAAACAGAUCGUUAAAUUGGAGGGAAUUCAGUUUUAUUCAGUCUACACUUGGAUACGUCGCUCUGCUCAUAAGUACUUUCCAUGUGUUAGUUUACGGGUGGAAAAGAGCCUUUGAGGAACAAUACUACAGAUUUUACACACCACCAAAUUUUGUUCUUGCACUUGUCUUGCCUUGUGCAGUAAUCCUGGGUAAGAUAAUUUUGCUUCUACCAUGUGUAAGCAGGAAAUUGAGGCGGAUAAGAAGAGGAUGGGAAAGAAGACAAUUUAUGGAAGAUGGAAGUGGAACUGGUUCACAUCCCUCACCAGAAAGGGUUACAGUCAUGUGAUUCCUCAUUGACACUAUUGCUUCUGUCAGCAUUGUGCUUUCAAAGUUCUGUAAUUCAUGGAAGCUUUACUGUAGACUGAAACAUUAGGGCAGCACGUGAUAUAUGAUAGUGUAAGCCAGUGGUUCCCAGACUGUUUUCCCCACGGACCACUUGAAAAUUGCUGAUGCUCUUGGUAUUUUUUUCCUGCUUGUUGUAGCAAUUGUAAUGCAAUGUGCUAGAUGCUAUAUGACUUUUAAUUGUAUUUUUAUUGCUUCUUUUAUUUCUUAUAUUGUGUUUUAUAGUAUUACAAUUUGCAUUCCAUAAAAUACAAUAUAAGAAAUAAAAGAAGCAAUAAAAAUCAAUAUGAACAUUUAAUGUAGACAUGCUGCUGACCACCUGAAUGUAGCUCACGGACCACAGUUUGGGAACCCCUGGUAUUAAAACUAUCAGGAAAUGGGCAGUGUCAGGGAAGGCAGACAUAAAAUUUUUAUGUGCUGUAAACAGUUUGAACAUAUACUGUCUGCAUUCUGAAGAUUUUCUGUCUGGAGAGAGAACGUGUGUGCUUGAACCACUUCUACUACACUUAGGCUUAGUAAAUAUGUGUAGAGGAUAAAUGCAAUUGAAUUCAGUGGGGUUUAUUUCUGAGUGAACAUGCUUAGGAUUGCAUGUUUAUAAUUGUUACAGCUGUCUUCCCUUAGGAUGCUUUGUCUGGUCUUUGACUGUAAUAAACUUUUACCUUACCUUAGGAUGCCAGAUUCAAAGCUGGAGAACAGUAGUUUUAAUUUAAAUCUAAUGCUGCCAAAGAUAAGGCAGCCAUGGCUUCUUUUGCCCAUUCCUUUCCUGGCCCAGUCAUCCAUCCCCUCCUCUGCUUGCUGUGUGGCAUGCCUGCCACUCUCAUCAGUUACAGCAAGUUGGGGAUGGGAUGGUAGGGCUGGUGCCAGCACCUGGCAUCUACCCCAGAACCCACCACUAAAGUUUGCCCUGUGCUCCCCUAAAAAUCCUGGUCCUCCACUCUGAGCACCAAGCACCUAGAUCUAGCCACCCUUUUAAUUUCCAAUUGUGCCAAAACUAGAAUUUCUCUGGGACAAACUGGUGGCUAAAUCAUCAUCAUUGUUGUUAUUGUUGUAGUGAAAGCUGGGAGUCCUCCCCGUCUGCUCUCACUGUCCCAGGAAUCAAUUCCCAGCCUUGGGUAAUUGAUCCCAGCAAAUCCUGCUUUGCCAAGGUUGUGCAUACUCACACCAACCAUGCAAGGUAGUAACUGCCACCACCCUUCUAACUGGAUAGCUACUCUGGGGCAAAGGGAAUCCCAGAGACCAGGUAAACACCAGAGCUUCUUGGGACAAGAGUAUUUGUACACUCCUUGCCCCUUCUGAAGCCUCAGGUAAAACAUUACUUGUUACACAGUAGUUGUAGAAUGGCAAGGACUGAAUUUAGGAACUGACCACUCUCUCUGAAAUGAACACACGGUUAAAGUAAUUAAAGUUUAUUAAAAAGAAAAAAAUAAGAAAACCAUAAAGUAUUACAUAUAACAAAGAGGUGCACAAAGUAAGUUUUAGCAGCAAAUUGAAUCCUAUUACCAUACACCCAAACGGGCAAGGUUUGGUAAGAAAAAACAGUAAAAUAAGUUUUUGGCACAAAUCAAAAUAACAAAGUUUUCUGGCCUAAGCUAUACUCACAUACCAUAGGAUCUAUAGAUGGAUAGCCUUCUCCUCUCAGGGAAUUACAAGUCAGGUUGGAAAUGGAGCCACAACAGACCCAUCACCAAAGAGACAAGGUGGUGCUCUGGAGUGGGAACCCUAACCCAAAGUUCUGAGCAUCUUCUUAUGGAAGAAAUAUUCUGCCCAGCCGGAGACAAUUAACCAAUUGACAUUUUCAUCAAAGGGAUGAAAAAACUAUGUUCCCACAGCACCUGGCACCUCCUCUUGGUUUCCCAUAACAAACUCAAGGAGUUUUACGGCCUUGACAGAGCCAGGCCCCUUCUGCUGAUAAGAAGGUGCGAAGCUAACUGUAAGCUGAUACAGCUGUGUUGUAAAAUCACCAAGUCACAGUGAUGGGGGAGAACCAAAUGUUUAACUGCUUGCUAGCAAGUUAACCAAAAAGAUGUCAAGGGGAAAAAAUCCCCACAAGGCUUUGGUGUUCAGCCAUUUUAACUACAGGCCAGGAUAAGGCUGGCAAGCUGGCACAAUUGUUAUUGUUAUUAUUAACAACAACAACAUUUAUAUCCUGUUCUUCCUCCCAAAGGAGCCCAGGGUGUCAGUGGGGAAAAGGCUACAAGGGAAAGUUUAGCUUCCCUCACCCACAUUUACAAGUCCAUGGGACUCUGUGAGCAGCAAACAUUAGCUCCAUUGUUUCCAAAGACACCAUUGGAAGCACUGCCACCAUAGAUAAUAAGGUGAAACUGACAGAGGAAGAGGCCCACCAGAAGACCGUUUUUCUAGGACACCUUUCACCUGGAGCCAGCCCUGACCAUUAAUGACAGGGCUAGAGGAAAUGGGCCACAGAAGCUGCAGCUGCCUUGUUGCCUGCUGUAUCAGGAAGUAUAUGGUUGUUUUCCAGUUUUGAAUAAGGCAGCCAUAGUCUUUACCCUUCUGUUCCAUGUUGAGUUGUGUUUUGAAACUGCAAGAUCAAACCUUAUAGUGAUUUAUAACUGUGCACAGUUAUACUGUCUUAAAAUACCACUGGUUUCUGCUAGAUAGAAGACUACAUAAGGUAGCAUAGAAACUCAUGGGCAAUGAAAUAAAAGUAAGGCACGCUUGUGGACCAAACUAGGCAGUGUGGUGGCAGGCUAGUUUACUAAACUGCUACUGGGUCAAUCGCAUAUAAAGUAGGGGGAGUCUGUAUUUUUUUAUUUUUAAGAAAAGAGACAUGCACAGAUGGGAGAAAAAGCUUUUUCUGCCCAUGGCUUACCUCCCUGCAGUUUAUUCCCCUCUCCUCAGCACUUUUCUCCUGCACUGAGAAGUGGAAGUGAGCUCAGCUGGGAGAAAAACAAUUGGGAGGGAAAUGCUACAGGUGGAGAGUUCAGCUCUCCUUACCCACAUCCAUUAUUUAAGAAAGACUUUCAUUCCAUUGUUUCCAGUAGGAUUUACGCAGCCUUGAUCUUUUCUGGAGUGUAUCCAGUAUGCAUUAAAUACUAUUUUGUACAAUUUAUCACAAGCCCAGCUUUUAAUCCAGCUUUUACAGACAUCAUUAUUGUCUGCAGGAAUGUUACACAAUCUUUCUAGUAUUAAAUCCAGGCCUUCAGAAUGCUGUUUGUGACCCAAAGUUGAGACUAAUAGAUUUUCAGUAGAUUAGUUAACACACCUGCAGUAGGGGCAUUACGAAUAUGGAAUACCUGUUUCCCACACAUAAAGCCACACUAUAUGCUGCUAGAAAUAGACAAAAAGGGAACAUAUCACAAGCCUUCCAUGUACAUAGGUGUCACUGGAUGCCACUGUGCAUGGCUAAUCAGUUGAGAUGUGUGUCUCUGGUUGCAGACCCACUGAAGCAUAUGUGCAUUUGAAUAGAACUCUGCAGCUCUCAACAUUCUUAAUUAAGAUGUGUCUUGCUGCAAAGAAGAAUGCACAUCCGUCAUCACUUACAGUAUUACUGCAAGUGGUUUCUCUUUGUCCACAGUAGUUAUAUGCCAGAGGUAGCCAACAUGGUGCCCUUCUAGAUGUUGUGGAACUUCAACUCCCAUCAUCUCCAUCCAGCAUGGCCAAUGGUCAGGGUGAUAGAAUAUGUCGUCUAGCAACAUCUGGAGGGCACCACAUUGGCUAUCUCUGUCAUAUACAAUGCCUUCUUACAUCCACCUGUCUGGAUUAAGGCUUUUUGAACACUAAACUUAGAAAGAUUCUAAUCUUUUAACAGCUUAGUAUUAUUGAAAAAAUCACUAUUUUUGUGUGGUAUGUAUUGGGGUCCAUUGGCUACUCAUAAUUUUUUCUUGACUUAAUACUUUUUUAAUGUGCAUUACAUUGCACAAAUAAUAUUUUGCUUGCCUGUAGUUGCAAAAACAAAAUCAGCUUUUGCAGUGAAUGUGCUAAAAUGAAAUGUAAAUAUUGUUAGAUUUUUAACACACUGAUAAGAAUUGAUGAUCCCUUACAUCUGAAAUUCCACCCUGAAGCUUAAGUUCCAGGUUGCUAAAAAUGUUACCCAAUGGAGCCCACAUUCAGCCUGACUGGCAGCUCCUGAGCAGGAGGAGGAUCCCAUGAAGCUUUCUGCUGGCUCCUCCUCCACCGGCUCCCCCUCCACUGGCUUCCUGGCACUUGGAUUGCUCUGUAAUUUGUUAAUGUUAGUAUGACCUGCAAGAAUAAAUACCAAUGUGAUCUUACUUCACCAGGUGUUUAAGCUACAGGCUACAAGUUUAUACUAAUACAGUUUAAGGGUUUUGUUGUUUUUAAGAGAGAGUGGGUGUGUGUCUAGGAUUAGGCACCUGCAAAUAAAUACUGGUGGAGAGCCUAUGAAGUAAAGCAUUGCAUAUAUGAUUUACAGUGAUAUGUGCAUACUUGCAUUUGCUUUGUUCUUCAAAUGAUUCAAGUUACUCAUUUUACUGAAAAUACUUCCUGUAUUUUUCAAAAAAGCAUCUAAAGGAGAAAGUUUUCCUAAAACCCACCCCCAAGAUUUGCUGUUCUCAAUAUAUUUAGGGAGAGACAUUUUCAGUGGAGGUGAGCAUUCAAACAUGCAGUCAGAAUGGUACUUGAUCAAUGCAGUUCUAUAAGACACUAUGCUUGAUAAUCAAUUGUAUGCUAAUUAUCCUUUAUAUUUGAUUUUAAAUGGAAAUUUUUAAAACCUCGUAUUUUUAUGAAUACAUAAAGAAUAUUUUACCAAACCAGGAGAGCAAGAUUCUGACAGCUUCCUUGAAUUUGUCAACAAAACCAAACUGGCAACAAGAGAAACUGGACGGUAUGUUUUGGAUAUACAAAAAAUUGUCACAAAUAAUAAAAAAUACAAUUUUAAGGGGAAAUCUUAGCUGUUGUAUCCUCCCAGCAAUUUCAUAUCAGAUUCUUUUCUAAACUUUGACCAGUUUCUAGCAUUCACCAUGUAGAUUUUCUGUGCCAAAUUUCAGAUGGCUGGGUAAAAUGUCUUGAUGUUAUAAUGAUGAGAAUAUUCAGGCCAGACUUUAUAAGGAUAGAACUAUUUUACCCUUGUGCCUAUAUAAUCAUAAUAUGUCUCAUAUACACAUCUUUACUUGUUGAGAGCUUUGUCAGUUUUAUUCAAAUAUAUAAAAUAAACUGAAAAAUUAGAAAUCAUUGGACUACAACUACCAUCAUACCUGACCAUUGACCAUGUUGGCUAGGACUGACAGGAAUUGGAGUCCAGGGACAUCUGGAGGGCCACUAGGUACCCCCAUCCCUGGUAUAAAGAUUAUAGCCUUUGAGUGAAUAAUGUGUUGACACUAAAAGGAUUCACAUGAAAUCAGUCUGGAUUUAUGCUGCAAAGAUCCCUCCAGCAGGAUGGGGAUUGCCAGGGCUUGGUUGCUCCCAGUGUACCUGAGAACUGGAUACACAUAAAUCAGGAAAGGUGCUGUCUAGUUUCUGUCUGAGCUAUAUGCCACAUAUGGACAUGAACUGAGCCAAAAAAUGGGUAGGACCCCUCUUCUCUGUCAUCCCCUUUUCUGUCUUUCCAACACCCCUUUUUCUGUUUUUCCCUCUUCCUCCCUGCCCAGCAAGCAGUGGAGGCUGAUCCAUUAGGGCAAAUGGUGCAGUACCCCACCAAUUUCAGACUGCCCUCAAGCCAUCCCUCACCUACUUGCCUUUUUACAACCAGCACAGGGGUUAGCACUGCCUGUCCUCUUGUUUUUCCUUAGUCUUAGUUUUGCCCUUUGUAGAACUCAGCAGGGAGGAGCAUCAGGACAAAACCAGCAUUAGUUGGCUUUGCCAAUCAUUGGCCCUGGUUCCACCAGUAUUGGCUCUGGCUCCACCUAUGGUUGACCUCCAUGCCUUUUGCCCUACCAGCCCCAAUGCAGGGGUAUGAAAUAACUUGCAGAGGCUUUUAAAGUUAGGCUGAGAGCUGUGUGCAGUCUUAGGGCUGCAGGUUGCCUAUCCUUGCUCAAAAACAACAUUCUUAAGAGUAAGACUAUCUAUGGCCAGAAUCUACCUUCAUGUACUCAGAUUCUCAUUCCCGUAUAUGCAGAGGCUUCCCAGGGGUGGUUCUUAAUCUAUAAGCUAAGAAGGUCUCUCUGUGUGUGUGCACACUUGUGUGUGUGUAUGCCCUUGUGCAUGAAGUAUUUCCUUCAUAUACAAGAUAACAGCACUGCAAGUUUAGAGCUCUGGAUCAGAGCUGGUAUUUAGCAUAUAGGUAUAAAUUUAAAGGCUAUGUUAUAUUAAAUCAAGACAACAAAAAUAUAUUAAGGAAAAUGUCUUGAAUUAUUUUUCAAAAGGUUUUAUAUAAUAGUAUAGAGAGAUUCUUUUAUUUUAAAAAUGAUUCAAAAUAGGUACAGUAUAUUACUAAAAUUGUAUUUUUGGAUAAAAUCAUAAAGAGCACUGUUGAAAUAUUUAUGAUGCGUAUAUGGUUAUGUCACAUGUUGAUUCAUUUGGCUAUUCAUGGAGUAAUUUUCAACCACUUGAAUGCAUGCAGGUUCUUUUCAUGCCAAGCCCUACAAGCAUGCAAGUAGAUGCAGGAUUACAAUCCAGGUUAUUAAAUUCACUGUGGCUCAGAUCCUGCAAUCUAUACUUAUUAUGAAAUAGUGUUGUGCAUAAAGCUACAAUUUGAUGCUUAAAAGGUUUAUUGGCCCAAACCACCUUACGUAGUUCAAAUGAAGCUACUUACUGAAAUGUUCAGAUCAAGCUUUUUGCCAUAUUCAUUCUUUGUUGUCUAAAUGUAUAUGCCAUAGCCAUAUGCAGAUCAUUAAGGCAGUGGCUCAGUAACAGUUUGUCCAAAUAAUCCAUUGUUUAUUGUACUGAAAACAAUUAUUGUGCUUGUGUGCUCCCUUCCUUCCCUCCUUGCUUCUCUCACAUACCAUAAAGGGAAUUUCCAGGGCUUGUUAAACCUUGGAGGUUUUCCAUUAUGAUACACAAAAGAAGAGAAAACACACAUUCACAACACUCUUUUUCAGUACAAUAAACCUUGGCUUAUUGGACCAAGAUCAUUAUUUCUGAACUGGGCCAUAAUAUGAAAGUGUCUCCCAAUGUUUUCAUUGGAACCUGUGCCAAUGUAAGAUUUUUGGAUUGGGUUAUAAGCCAUACAAUAAAUUAUUUAAGAGCUUAAAUAUGGAUUGUUGAUCAAUAUUUUUUGGUCUAUAUUUUUUUUGAAAACAAUAUUAAUCUUACUAAUUUCUUCUGAAAAUAAAUAUAACUUUUAUUUCUUUCAUUACAAUGCACCAUAAUACUGUAGCACUGCUUCAUUUAAUUAAUAUGUGCUAUUGAAAAAAGAAUUUCUAUGCAGUAAAAUCACUUUAAAAUGACAUUAACAACUUUUGUUUUCCAUAAUUGUAAAGUUUGGUGGUGGGUUUUUUUACUGUACUUAAAAAUGUGUCAAAUGAUUUCAUUAUUUCUGUAUUUUUAAUUUCACACCGUUACGUGUUAACUAUAGCCGAUAGUACAGCUUAAUAAUUUUUGCAUUUAGAGUCUACUGAAUUUUAUUGUAAGUUUAUUGUCUACUUGGCUGUAACAAUGUUGAUCCAGAGAUGGGUGCAAAUUUUCAAUUGUUAACAUUCUUGUACAA